UCUGCACUGUGUACGUCAGCUGUCAAAACGAAUCACAAUUUUUUCACGGCUUUCAUUGUGCGCUGCAUUAUUAUUGCAUUUUCUCGAGUCCAAAGUGGUUGCGUAGCAUAUGCGUGUAUCGGUCGCAGUACUUAAAUGUCGCACGCAUCCGGUGCAGUGAGUGUCAAGUGACCAGGAGCGAGUACAACCAGUGACCAUGUCGUUUGUGGGCGGGGGCGGGUGCGGUGGCCAGGACGUGCACAAGUUUGUGGAGGCCCUGCAGGCGGAUUUCAAGACCCUCUCGCUGGAGACCAAGAAGAAGUAUCCUCAGAUCAAGGAGGCGUGCGAGGAGGCCAUUUCCAAGCUCUGCACAGCUGGCAGCAGCCAGCAAAACUCGGUGUACUACACCGUCAACCAGAUACUCUAUCCGCUGGUGCAGGGAUGCGAGACCAAGGACCUCAAGAUCAUCAAGUUUUGCUUAGGCAUGAUGCAGCGGCUCAUCACCCAGCAGGUGGUGGACCAGAAGGGCGCCCUAUACAUCACCAACGCACUGUGGACCCUAAUGGAGAACAACAUCGAGGAAGUCAAAGUGCUGCAAACAGUAACUCUUUUGCUGACCACCAAUACGGUGGUGCACGGCGACACAUUGGCCAAGGCCUUAGUUCUGUGCUUUCGCCUGCACUACGCCAAAAAUCCCACAAUUGUGAAUACGGCCGGUGCCACCAUCCGGCAGCUGGUGUCCCUGGUGUUUGAGCGAGUGUACCUGGAGAAAGACUCGGUUUCCAGCCUCCAGCAGCAACAGUCCAGUGGUUCGCCAGCUGAGGGAGAGGGCGGAAAUCAGGAUGUGCAGACCUUUGCUUCGGAUGCAUUCCUGCUAUUUCAGGAUCUUGUGCAGUUGGUAAACGCGGAUCAGCCCUACUGGCUGUUGGGCAUGACCGAAAUGACGCGCACCUUUGGUCUGGAGUUACUUGAGGCCGUGCUGACCAACUUCAGUGCCGUGUUUCACGAGAGUAACGACUUUCGACUGCUACUUAAGGAACGAGUCUGUGCCUUGGUCAUAAAGCUCUUCUCGCCAAACGUCAAGCAUCGCCAGCUGCCUGCACCAAGCAAUGGAAACGCUCCUGUGCCGGCCGAGAAACCCUAUUUCCCAAUUAGCAUGCGUUUGCUGCGCCUCGUGGCUAUACUUAUACAAAAAUACCACACUAUACUGGUAACAGAGUGUGAGAUCUUUCUGUCGCUGAUUAUCAAGUUCUUGGAUCCGGAUAAGCCAGCUUGGCAGCGAGCCCUGGCCCUCGAGGUUAUCCAUAAGCUGGUGACGCGCUCUUCACUGAUUGCAUUCUUCUGCAAGUCGUACGACUUAAAAAAUCAUGCAACCAAUAUUGUGCAUGACAUGAUUGCUGCCAUGGGCAGCUACAUUCGAUAUUCCCUGAUCAAUGCAUCGGCCAUGCUGAAUGGCCAGCAGAAUGGAGUCGCCAAUUCACUGACAGCCAUGUCGGGAAGCAAUCAAUGUGGCUUCAUGUUUCGAGGUGCUUACCUUCCCUUGGUAGCCACAUAUGCGCCAGGCGUCUCAAAGGCCGUUUACUUGGAAAUGUUGGAUAAGAUAGAUGCAUCGAAUAUUCCCGACAGUUAUGGCAUCUCGGUUGGGCAUGCUAUUCUACUGGAUAUGACUCGAUCGAUUGGAGGUGUCAUUCAGCGAACCCCGGAGCUUCAUCCCAGCCACAAUACGGCAGUGAUCACUGAGGAGGAGCACAAGCCACUGUGCCUCCAACUGGUGAAUUCCAGCUGGUCUGCCCUGCUCAGCGCUUUUAUUCCGUUGGUUGAGACGUCGAUUGACGAGGCCACCACGGAGAACAUCCUCAAGGCUAUGCAAAAUUAUGCAGCUCUGUGCGGAAUGCUGGAGCAACUGCAGCCCCGAGACGCCUUUAUAAUGGCCAUGUGCCGCGCCUCCUUUCCGCCCCACUAUGCCAUGUCCAUAUUUGCCAAUACCACACAGUCGGAUGGUGACUUGAGAUGUCACACGCGCAGUGGUAGUCAAGAUCUAAGCAGCCAGUUCAUCAAUAGCUGUAGUGGCGAUGCAGGAGACUUCCGACCCCAGAUCGUAGCGGUGGGUACACCACUGCCAUCGGCAUCGCUGCCCCACAGCGUGAUGCAAGCGCCCGUGAUGCUGACUAACAAGAAUCUACAGUGUAUGCGAGCUAUUCUUUUCCUAGCGCACAACAAUGGUGGGAUUUUGGGUACCUCCUGGCAUAUUGUGCUGCAGACGCUGCAGCAUCUAGUGUGGAUCUUGGGGCUGAAACCUUCUACCGGAGGCAGUCUUCAGGCCAUGCCAAAGCCAGCUGUAGAGGCUAAUGUGGGAAUUCAAACGGCAGUGAUGGCUGAUCUUCCGGUCCUGUCACAAAUGCUUAGCCAGCUGUUCGAGUCCAGUCAAUAUCUGGACGAUGUAGCGCUGCAUCAUUUAAUCGAUGCAUUGUGCAAGCUCUCCCACGAGGCCAUGGAACUUGCUUAUGCCAAUCGGGAACCAUCGCUUUUUGCGGUAGCCAAACUGCUAGAGACUGGCCUAGUAAACAUGCCCCGCAUAAAGGUAUUGUGGCGACCACUUACAAAUCACCUGCUGGAGGUGUGCCAACAUCGACAUAUUCGAAUGCGGGAGUGGGGCGUGGAAGCCAUUACCUACCUGGUGAAGUCUGCCCUACAGUUCAAGCACAAAACGCCCCUCAAGGAGAACAUGGAACUACAAACAAUGCUGCUGAGUCCACUCUCUGAGUUGUCUACUGUCCUGCACGCAGAUGUACGUCAGCGACAGCUGGAUUGCGUCCUUCAGAUCCUAAACACUGCAGGGGAAAUCCUCUCGUUUGGCUGGCCAGCCAUUAUUGAGAUCAUUGGUGCUGUAAACGAGCACCAUGGCGAGCCGUUAAUUCGCACAGCAUUCCAAUGCCUGCAGUUGGUUAUCACAGAUUUCCUGACCGUAAUGCCAUGGCGGUGUCUGCCGCUGUGCAUCAGCACUGCUGCUAAGUUCGGCUCCCAGACCCAGGAAUUGAACAUUUCUUUGACGGCUAUCGGUCUCAUGUGGAAUAUUUCAGACUUCUUUAAUCAAAACCAAGACAAGCUAAUGUCCACUCAGCUGCAGGAUGUGUCCAUUCUGCCCGACUUCCCAGGCACAGUGAAGAUGCCGCAGUUCGAUAAGUUGUGGAUGUGCUUGUACGCCAAGCUGGGCGAGCUGUGUGUGGAUCUGCGUCCGGCGGUGCGUAAAUCGGCCGGCCAGACGCUCUUCUCCACCAUCUCCGCCCACGGCAGCCUGCUUAAUCCGCCCACGUGGCAGGCGCUGGUCUGGCAGGUUCUCUUCCCGCUGCUGGACAACGUGCGUGCUCUGAGCAGCUCGGCCAGCAACGAGAAGGUGGACGCCAGUGGCAACAUUCUUAUCCAUCACUCGCGCAACACCGCCCAAAAGCAGUGGGCAGAAACGCAGGUGCUGACUCUAUCGGGCGUCUGCAGGGUGUUCAAUACAAAACGGGAGCUGCUUCAGAUGCUGGGUGAUUUUGAGCGAGCCUGGUCACUAAUUCUAGAGUUCAUCCAGAAUGCUGCGUUGAGCAAAAAUGGUGAAGUUUCACUUGCUGCUCUGAAGUCUCUACAGGAGAUCAUGUACCACAACACAGCAGAGCGAACAGAGAGGGCAUUGAAGGAUCCUCAGACGGCACAGGAGCAGGACGAGGAAAUUUGGACUAUUGCUUGGAACAUUUGGCUUAGCAUUGGCAUGGAGAGCACCAAAAUGUCCACAUCGACGUCAGCGAAGUUGCAGCAGCAAAAUAGCAAUGGCGCCGAAACUCAGGAGGACUUUUACAUUCCCAGUCAGGCCUUCCUCACCGCCCUGAUCCAAAUCUUUCCCGCCAUUUUUCAGCACAUUCAAGUCAAAUUUACUGCCGCAGACUUUGACAAAUUCUGUACGGUACUGACGAACGCUGUGUGCAUUCCCGUCCAGACCGAUGCGGUUCCCUACAUCAUGUCCACUGUGUCGGACACCCUGCUGACGCCGCUACACGAUGGCAUUCUCGAUUGCAUGGAACUAAUACAGAAGGAGGCGACAAAACCCGAUUCCCACAUCAGCCAGCUUAUCCCUGCCAUUUUCCGGCAGUUGCUGAUCUUUAGUAAAUUCGCUUGCGCACCGCCCACAUUUCAGCAGAGUGUGGAGCACAAGUAUGCGAAGUCCUCGGGACACUAUGCCAACAAUGCCUCCGUUGAGGUGGUCAGCAUGAACUACAUACCUUUCGGUGAGAAGUCAAUCAGUAUUUGCGUGAAGCUUUACCAGACCACGGCCACCGAGGAUUCGGUUGUGCAGGAGCAGAUUCUGCAUGACAUCGUCAAGGCUCUGCGCACGCCGCUGGCGAUGAAGUACAAAUGCCUUUCCUCCAGCACAUGGAAGCUGGCCAUUUCCAGUCUGAUUAGCGUGCUGCAUACUGGUCUCAAGGUGGCGCGAGCUAAGCCGCAACAUUUCGCAAGCUUGUGGGACGAUUUGGCCGAUACCCUGGACAAGUUCCUGUUUCCGGCGAGUGUGUGCACCAUCGAGGAUCGCGGUCUCGAGGAGAUCGUGCUGGAUGAAACGAUCGAUUGUCAGGUUAUUGAGCUGCUGAGGGACGAGGUGUUGCCUCACUCGCACGAAAUGCCACACCAGUUUAUCAUGCAGAUCGUAGUGCUGCUGAACAAGGGAUCUAUACACUCCGCCUCAGACACGAACAUUUGCUACGAAUCCGACUGGAAGCUGCGUGAGAUUUUUGCCAAAACGUGUUUCGAGACCCUUCUGCAGUUCUCGCUGCUAGAGGACCAUGCCAACACCAACAACAAUCGUCUCAACGCCAAUGUGUUGACUGCUGGGGCCGCGGGAGCAGGUGGCAAGGACUUUGCCGGCAGACUAGCAGUCACCGCCCUGUUGCAUCGAUUCCAAGAGGUGCUCAAACGGUUUAACGACGAUGAGAGACAAAGCGGAAAGUGUCCGCUUCCAAGGUUCCGGCUAUCAGAGAUAUCGUUUGUGCUAAAAGCCAUUGCAACACUUGUGGUAUCCAUGAAAAAAGCGCCAGCAUCAAAGGUCAACAAGCCGGCUUGGGAUCAGUUGAUUGGCCUGUAUCCAUACCUGGUGGACUGCACCACAACAACGUCGCCGGAAGUGUCAAGAUCACUACGAGAAGCACUGCUCCAGUACACGGACUUGCUGCAGGCGCCACGAUCCUGCUCAGCGGCCACCUCAAACGACAAUGUAAUACAAUCGAAUGGACAAGAGUGAAAGUAUGCCUAGACACAGACAGAGACCAAGUCCACAUCCAGACUGGUGACAGCUGUGCGAUGUUUUUCUUAGUUGUUUAAGCGCGAACCGUUUGAAUAUAUAUUUAUUUUGUGCAUAAUUUAUGAAUGUUAAUCUUAGCCCUCCCUCGCAUAGAUGUAACGACUAAGCAUCUAUGUACUUACAUACAUACCUAAACAUAUAUAUAUAUAUAUUUAUAUUUGUAAAAGUAUUUUGUAGUUGAGCUAUGAAGUAUACAAUAGGUCUAUCCGGCGUUGCCCUACAGCCGAAUAACCAUGAUGAAACGAACCUACGAACCGCUUGGCACAGGAACGAAACGCAGUCAGCAGAUUCCUUUAGUACCUUUUUCGAGACGCAAAGACAAAGAACUAUAUAGGCUAUGGCUAUAUCUAUACAAAUCUAACUAUGAUCUAUUUGUGUAGCGCAUUUUAAAGUACAGACUUGCGUGUUAUCUGAAUCAAAUAUUAACCAUUAACCAUGAUGCAACCAACCAACUUUGUAGUGACGUUUUUAAAUAAAGCAAAAAUUAUUAUUACC